AUGAACAACUCCCCGACAGACGCGAGUUUCCACUCGCUUUUCCGCUUGACGGUUGCUGGUACCCACAUGCAACACGGUGGUGUUCGUCUGCUAGUUCUCUGUAUGUGUGCUGUUGCUGAAUGUAACUUGGAGUAUGGGCAAUUUGAUUACAGCACUACAUCGUGUUUGCUUCAACACAAUGAGCAAGGCCGCAAGUGCGACCAAAGUGGAUGCAGCACACUGAAGAUUGAUGAAAAUGGACACACGAGCAGAGAGAGUAUGAAAGGGAAGGCGUACGUGCCCCCAUAG